UACCCAGCGGAUUCAAUGCUCGCUUUCUAAAUAAAUUUGUUAUUGUAUGAGCAGUUAAUACUUGCGUGAUGUCUUUCCAUUCAGUGGUACUUGGUGCUUACAUUGAACCGAAGCUCUUUUCAAAUUUCAACACGCCUAACCCCUAUUCAGGGGGCCUCUCUUUGCGCUGUGGGCUGAACGGCUGCCCCAUGGAUCUUCCCCACAUUCCCUCGGGAGAGCUCUACCCGAUGACUUUUAGGGGCCUCUCCACUAAAGCGGAGACGAGUCAGGCCUUAACCGAGACCCCAGCUUUGCCACCUCAACCUCCUAAAAUCCUUUGCUGGAUCUUUCCCCCAACGUCGGGCCAUUCUCGUUCGAGGCCUUGCAUGAAUCUUACUUGGAUAUACGUGACAAGGCCCCUUAAAAGACCUCUGCCUCAAGACCUCUUCUGUUUAUCCUAAUGCCUCGACAGACAAGAGAAUCAACGCAGCGAACGAAACCAGUUUUGGGGGCGACUCCAUUGACUGGCGGCGUCUCGACGUCCGCUGCGGGAAGUCCAGCUGCCUUGGGCUCUCUGCAAUCUCUGGAGAAAUCGGCAGCGAAAUCCGGCACUAAACACUUUCGGUGUGAUAGGUGCUCUAGAUCGUUCACUCGGCGUGAGAACCUGGUUCGUCAUGCCAAUAGUCAUGACUAUGCUAAAUACCAUCAGUGCGG